AUGUCGGCCACGGGGGAUGAAGACCCGGCCCCGGGAGGCCCAGAGGGCCCCGCGGGCGCAGCUGGGGCCCAGGCCGAGGCGGCCAGAGCCGGCGACCAGGGGCACCGCGACUCGGAGCCUCGCGGGGGCGACGCAGCGCCGGGGGCCAGGGGAGGCUCUGGGGAGGCGGCCCUGGAAGGCGGGGGCGCCGAGGAGGACUCGGACAUCGGGCCGGCAGAGGAGGAGGAGGAGGAGGAGGAGGCAGGGGGCCUGGACCUCGUCGUAGAAGUGCACCAGUUCCCCAUGAGGGGCUUCUACUUCAUACUCCUGGGGCUGCUGUACUCACUGCUGCGCCGCAUCCACUACAAUGACCACAUCCUCGUCCUGCCCCCGCCGAGACCGCGCCACGGCUUGGCCUGGGUCCCCCAACUCCAGGCGCCCGACGGGCAGGGGCAGGGGCAGGGGCCUGCGGCCCAGGAACCCGAGGAGGCGGAGGAGGCUGCGGCGCCGGAGCCUGAGGAGGCGGAGGAGGCCAUCGCCCCUGAGGGUGAGCGGCUGGCCGGGGGGUCGGUCGGGAGACCCGGGAUCCUGAGGGACCCAGGCUCAGAGGGGGGCCUCGGGAGGUGA